UUUCCUAUUCUGAAGAUACCAGAGUUCUCUAGAACGAAACUAAAAUAAGCAGAAAGCCCUUCCGAGAAUUGACACCCCUCAGCAGGUAGUAAUAACAUGAUCUGAGUGUGGUGCGCGGGGUCUGCAGUUGUCACUCAGGCGAGCACUCCGGCGCGGUCGUGACCAACAAAAGCGGGGCGGACUAUAAUGAGUUAAUUCUCACUAACCGUCAGUCCCAAAAUCGGCACUAUAGAAGAGUUUUACUGUCAUUUCAAUAUAUCUGGUGACUAAAGAUAACAGAUCCACAAAAUUUGAAAAGGAGCAUGUGCUACCCUAUAUCACGUUUACUCGUCGGUACUGUUGUGAUGUCUCUUUUCUGUACGGGAAUCAACAAUUUUAAUUUAUCAAAUGAUAAUGUUCAUGAUUUGACCAAUUUGGUGGCACAGAAAGAUAUAUUGAUUGAUACCGUCCAUGAUUAUCUCCUGGAACAGGAAAAGCGAUUAGCCACUCUCAGGAAGCACAUGGAAGAUUAUUCAAAGGAACACAAAAGAGGAAUACAAAAAGUUGCCCGAAUUCUGAGUAGUGUAAAUCAGGAAAGUUCUGUUAAUGAUAUUGAUGAGAGGCUCAAGGAAAAAUAUGUUGAAGGGGAAGCCAAUAACAGUUAUCCAUUUGAAGAUAUAUUCCCAAAGUACACGAGCCUUUGUAAGGGAGAAAUUUUACUACAUAUGGAUAUUCAGAAACAUUUGAAAUGCCGAUAUGUCGAUCAUGGUAUUCCUUUUCUGAAAAUAGCACCCUUUAAAGAAGAAGAAGUCUUUCUGGAUCCUAGAAUUGUUUUAUACCAUGACGUAAUCUAUGAAGAAGAAAUAAAGCUUCUCCAAAGAUUGUCGAAGCCCAGGUUAGAAGUUGCGGAAGUGAUAAAUUUUGACGAGGAUGGACAUUUAAAAAAUGAAACUCCCUAUGAGAGAAUGGGUCAAGUUGCCUGGAUUGAUGAUCGUGAACACGAACACGUGAAGCUUCUGAGUCGUCGAGUGGAGCAUAUGACAGGUUUGACAACAAACUCAGCAGAGCCACUACAAAUAGGUUAUUAUGAAAUCGGAGGCUUUUAUUUUCCACACAAUGAUUAUAUAUACAAAGAGGAACUCGACUUCAUCACGUAUUUCAAAGAAAGGGGCAUUGCAAAUCGUAUAGCCACGGUUCUGUUUUAUCUGAAUGACGUCUCUGAAGGAGGCGCUACAGUGUUUCCUAAGUUAGAUUUGAGCAUAUGGCCAAAAAAAGGUAGCGCAGUUUUAUGGUACAACCUUAAACGAAAUGGAGAAGGAGAUACUUUAACUAUGCAUGGAGCAUGUCCAGUAAUUUCUGGAAUAAAAUGGAUUGCGACUUUAUGGCUCCAUGAAAUAGGCCAAGAAUUUAUCAGGCCCUGUACUUUAUUGGAAAAUGAAUAAAUUAUGAAGGAGGAAGAUGCUUGAAAAAAUGGAAAAUUAAUUCUAUGGAAUUACAGAAACUCUAAAAAAACGAAAGUGAAAUUGAACAUGAGAAAUUAUUUUUAUUUGUUUUAAAGUUAAGUAUUACUUACAAAUUGUGAUAUGAAUUGUUUCUCUAAAUAAUAUAUACAUGGGAGAACACAAUGAAACCAUCGCACAAAUCUGAAGAAUGAAACCAUAUGUAAAAAAAUAUAUUUCUACGAUUUUUCUUAUUGAAUCAUUUAUUAUUGAUGUAUUACACUACUAUUCACCUUGUGAAGAAAUAUUAAAUAAGAUGGCACGUAAGGAGA